CGCUAAGUGACAGCUCCAGCGAACUCUCGUUUAUUAAUUUUCAAUAUAAUUUUCUUCGUGAAAAACUCGUGAUUCUAGCAUAUUUUCUUUCGAAAAAACCGUGUCUGGACGAUUCUCCUUCUGUUGGUUUUCGGAAAACAAUGCUAGACGGUUGGUACUGUCGUUCGAUGAACGAACAAGCGCUUCAACAACAGCAGCAGCACCAGAGGCCUCAACCUCAAGCGCACCAUUCUCAGGCGCAACAGAACCGGAACAACUCGCUAGACGCGGAUGACCUCGGGGCGGAAGACCGCGACGGCGGCGAUAGUUCCGGCCCGGAUGAUGACAGCGACGAGGAAAUGCUGCCACGGAGGCAUCAAAUAAACUACAAAGUGCAGUACAAUGAGCUGAAGAAAAAGUUGAAAUAUUUGCUCUAUGAAAACGAAUUCUUUCAGGAGAAUCUCCGUACCAGUCAGCGUCGAUUACUAAAAAUCACCCAGGAUAGGUCGUUUCUGUUGGACCGUCUGCUGCAGUACGAAAAAACCGAUCUCACCACGUCGGAAAGUGAAGAAACGGAAUCGUCCGACGAUUCGUCUAAGGUGGAACCGGCACCAACAGUUGGUCGUAAGCGAAAGAAUGAUAACGCCGGAAAUUCACAGGCCAAAACAGCGCCGAAACGGAGAAAACCGGGUCCCAAAAAGGGAUCUACACAGCAAGCAAGGCAAGCGAACAAUAGCGCAAUUCCGCCGCCAACCCUGAUGCAACCGCAACAGAUGAUUCCGGCCGCAUCGUCGGUACAGUCCAUGCUUGUGAACCACCACCAACAGCAGCCGCAACAACUACAAGCACACGAAGGCCACCUGACGACGGAGGAAAUCGAACGGCACCUCCAAUCAAGAGCGGCUCAAUCGAUGCUGGAAGUUGUUCCCGAGGGAGAGCUACCGAGCGAAAUGUUCAGUCAGGCCCCAUCCAGUGAAUCGAACGAUCACAUGGUGGACACCUCUCCGAGCAACAUCGGUGAAGAGUGUCUGUCCGGGGAUCUGAUGCAGCAGGAAUAAGGCGAAUCGGAUAAUGAGACGCUUAACUAUUGUGUAUUAGAAGGGGUUUAUCUGGAAAAUAAAAAUUUUGCUUUUGUGAGCUCGGUUCUACAAACCGCCUAAA